UGAUUCCACAAGCCAUUUCCUCGUUCUUAGCAUCCUAGCAUCAAGCUAACUACCUGCUCUUCUUGUAAGUAGUUAACUCCUAAUCAGACCCUGACCACUGUUUUCAACACAGGCGUUUCUUCGACAGAAGGAGAAGGGUCUUUGGGCAGAAAGUGGUGUCAGGUCUGGUCCAGGGUUGUUGAACGGUUAAUGCACAGAGUAAAGAGGCUGAAAAUCGAAGACAAAACAGAAGACGGCCGGGAAAGCGUCAGAGAAGCACUGGCAGGUAUGACGGGGGUGGACGAGCUCUCGGACAGCACGGAGGUGGUGGAGAUGGAGGACGUGAAUCCCACCCAGUUCCAGGUGGAGAAGCAUACAUGGGAUGGCCUGCGGAAGAUCAUCCACAACAGCCGCAAGAACACUGGCGUGGUCAUCAACAAGGCGCCACAUGACUUCCAGUUCAUCCAGAAGGACGAAGCCAGCCCACACUCUCACCGGAUCUACUACCUUGGAAUGCCUUACGCCAGCAGGGAAAACGCAUUACUCUACUCAGACAUUCCCAGGAAGGUCCGCAAAGAUGCCCUGCUGGUUUUGUCAUGGAAACAGAUGCUGGAUCACUUUCAGGCCAGCCCACACCACGGGGGCUUCUCCCGGGAGGAGGAGCUACUGCGGGAGAGGAAGCGUUUGGGGGUGUCUGGCAUCACAUCCUAUGACUACCACCGACCCAGCGGCCUCUUCCUGUUUCAGGCCAACAGCCGUCUGUACUACUGCCGUGACGGUGGAAACAACAGCUUCAUUACUUCUCCCAUGAAUCCUGUAGAGAUUAAGAGCCAGAGUUCAGGCACACGCAUGGACCCCAAGAUCUGCUCCGGGGACCCCAACUUUAUAGGCUUCAUCAAUAACAAUGAUAUUUGGGUGACCAACGUUGAGACGGGUGAAGAGAGGAGGCUCACCUUCAGCCACAAAGGUAUUGAUAACCCAAAAGAGGACCCCAAAUCUGCCGGUGUAGCCACUUUUGUCACACAGGAAGAGUUUGAUCGCUUCACUGGAUACUGGUGGUCACCAGCUGCUCGAGAAGAAUCAGAUGGUGGUAAGACUUUACAGAUUUUAUACGAGGAGGUGGACGAGUCUGAGGUUGAGAUCAUCCAUGUUCCAUCUCCGGCUCUGGAGGAGCGUAAAACAGAUGUCUACAGAUACCCACGGGCAGGAAGCAAGAAUCCAGAUAUCGCUCUCAAAAUAGCAGAAAUCAGGACAGAUAAUCUUGGCAAAAUUGUCAGCACACAGGAAAAGGAGCUGCCUGUUCCUUUCACCAGUCUGUUCCCAGGUGCCGAAUACAUCACCAGAGCUGGAUGGACAAAGGAUGGCCGAUAUGCGUGGGCGGUCAUGAUGGACCGGCGACAGCAGCGUCUCCAGUUGGUCCUGCUUCCGCCAGCGCUCUUCAUCCCUGCACAUCAGGACGAGAGCAGUAGAAAAGAAAGCCUGGAGGCCCUUGGAGACACAGUCCAGCCCUUCAUCAUCUACGAAGAGACCAGUGACAUCUGGAUCAAUGUCCAUGAUAUCUUCCAUCCUUUCAUCCAAACCAUUGAUGAUGAGAUCACCUUCAUCACAGUAAAUGAGUCCAAAACAGGCUUCUGCCACCUGUAUAAGAUCACCUCAGUAUUACAGCGGGGCAGCUAUCACUGGGCCAAAGGCUACGCACACUCUGAAGAUGAUUUCAAGUGUCCAGUCAAAGAAGAGGUGACAGUAACCAGUGGGGAGUGGGAGGUGCUGGCCAAUCACGGAGCAAAGCGUUCCUCCAGUCCGCAGAUUUGGGUGGAUGAGGCAGCAAAGCUGGUUUACUUCCAGGGAACCAAAGACUCUCCUCUGGAGCAUCAUCUUUACGUGGUGAGCUACGACUCGCCGGGGGAAAUCGUCCGACUCACCAAACCUGGAUACUCCCACAGCUGCUGUGUGAGCCAGACCUUUGACAUGUUCGUCAGCCACUACAGCAGCCUGACCUCAGCACCCUGUGUGCACAUCUUCAAACUGAUUGGCUCAGACAGCGACCCACUACACAAAGAGCCACAGUUCUGGGCGAGCAUGAUGGAGCCUUCUGGUUUCCCAUUCGACUAUACUCCUCCAGAGAUCUUCAGCUUCACGGGGAAAUCAGGCUUCGAGCUGUAUGGCAUGCUGUACAAACCACACAACCUGGUCCCGGGCACGAAGCAUCCCACUGUUGUCUUUGUUUACGGCGGUCCGCAGGUGCAGUUAGUGAAUAACUCUUAUAAAGGAGUGAAGUACCUGCGGUUGAGCACUCUGGCGUCUCUGGGCUACGCUGUUCUGGUCAUCGAUGGGCGGGGAUCCUGUCAGCGAGGACUCCAGUUUGAAGGAGCUGUGAAGGACAAAAUGGGUCAGGUGGAGAUUGAAGACCAGGUGGAGGGUUUGCACUACGUAGCUGACAAGUACAAGUUUGUGGACCUGAGUCGUGUUGCCAUCCAUGGCUGGUCGUAUGGAGGCUUCCUCUCACUCAUGGGCCUAGUUCAUAAACCCGACAUCUUCAAGGUUGCCAUCGCAGGAGCUCCGGUGACUUUGUGGAUGGCCUAUGACACCGGCUACACAGAGCGAUAUUUGGACACGCCUGAAAAAAACCAGAAGGGAUACGAGGCCUGUUCUGUUGCCCUGCACGUCGACAAACUCCCAAAUGAGCCCAACAGAUUACUGAUCCUGCAUGGGUUCCUAGAUGAGAAUGUGCACUUUUUCCACACUAACUUCCUGGUGUCUCAACUCAUCCGGGCAGGGAAGCCAUACAACCUGCAGGUUUACCCAAAUGAGCGACAUAGCAUCCGAUGUCCGGAGUCUGGAGAACAUUACGAGAUUACGCUGCUACACUUCCUCCAGCAGAACCUCUGAUAAGCCUUUCUACACACUGACCUUUCCUUCUUUGCUUUCUAACCCUCCUUGUCUCCUCCAUCACAUUCCUUCAUUUAUUUAAAUCUGUAUCACUUCUCUUUCACUUAAUUUUAUUAUAAACUGAACGCAGGCUAUGCCAAACCUCAUCACACCUCUAGACUCGUUAUUCAGUUCUAAAGGUGCUGUAGCCUUUUACCAUCAAUAAAUCAUUGCAAGAUUAAUAUUCAGAUAUUACCAUUUAAAAAAAAAAAAAAAAAAAAAA